AUGAGCCUACAUGAGCAGACAUACAAACCAUAUGGGUCACCCUCAUUCAAGAAUUCUGAUGAAAUAAGGAUCGCCGUCAACUUUCAAGAUCUGAUUCUUGAUAUUUCUGAAAGUUACAUCUAUAUUGAGGGAAAAUUCACACCAAACGAUGCCACUAAAACCUGCUAUCUAUCUAAUAAUGCUCUAGCAUUCUUAUUCGAUGAAAUACGCUAUGAAAUGGGUGGCGAACAAGUAUGCAUGGUACGAAAACCAGGCAUCACUACUACCAUGAAGAGUAUGAUUUCUUAUGGAGAGAGUAAUAUGAAAUUCCUAGAGACAAUUGGAUGGGGCCUUGAUGGUGGCAAGCAGGUGCUUCUAGAUAAAGCUAGCAACGUUUUUAGCGGCAAACUACCCCUUAAAUAUCUGAUGGGGUUUGCCGAAGAUUAUUGUAGAGGUAUUUUGAAUAUCAAACAGGAGCUAAUACUCAUCAUAGCUCGCUCAUUCAAGAACUCAUAUAUUGGGGAAGUGGACGCCGAUGUGGAGAUUAACAAAAUUGAGUGGAAGAUAAGACAUGUGAUGCCAUCAGAUAAGCAGAAAUUGAAGCUAUUGACCCGUUUGAAUAGAAGUUCUACGGCAAAAGUGAAAAUUGCAUACAGGAUGUGGGAUCUGUAUGAGUUACCGACUAUUCGUGAAACAGCAUCUGACAUUUGGGCCGUUAAAACUACCAAUAGCCUCGAGCGGCCUCGAUAUAUCAUCAUUGGAUUCCAAAACACUGAUAACACUGAUAAUAGAUCUGAGGAUAUCACACAAUUCACCCAUGCAGGAGUGAGCAAUAUUCGCCUGUAUUUGAAUUCCGAAGUUUAUCCAUACGAGCGAUGGAAUUUGGAUUUCGAUAAGAAAUUAGAUGCAGUAGCCUAUUAUGCAUAUGACAACUUCCAACGUAGUUACUACGGCAAAGACAUGAGCGAACCAAUGAUGAGCAUCGAGGAAUUCCGAAAAAACCCACUAUUCAUCAUUGACUGCAACCACCAACCCGAUGCGAUGAAAUCCUCCACUGUCGACAUCAAUGGCAACACCGCAUUACAAAGUCUCGAAGACUUGAUAAUGAACAGCGUGAUUCAUCGAUAUUGCAUGAAAAUUCAUGGUCGUCUUCCUUGGAGAAGCUAUUGUGAGGAUGCUUUGUCAUUGGGACACAUUCCUACAGUGAUCACGGAAUCUCGCUUUACCACAACCGGCUUUAUAACAAGUCAUGGUCUGGACUCGCCCUGCUACCAGCCGCCGACUGCGACGCCGGCCAACGUCGGCCUCGGCGGCGGGCCGUUCCUGGCGUCGAUGAACGCGUCGGGAAGCGGUUACGCCGCCAAGCUACGCCAGGAGGCGAUCGCCACCCCCCAGAGCGCCGGAAACCCCUUCAUGAUGCACCAAGACAUGCCAUCCCCAUACCCGCCCCACCACCAACCGUCGCCGCCGCUGAGCAUCCCCUCGCCCCACAUGAUGGACCAGCAGCACCGCCACACGCCCCACCCCCUACACCAGCUCACAGCCAUCUCGAUGCCGAUGACGCCGCCCCAUUCUAACUCUAACAUGUCCAUGACGCCGCCCCAUUCCAACGAGAACAUGCCGCCCGACGGGUGGACAAAGGUCGCGUCUGAGGAUGGCGGGUUCGGAGAGCCGAAACUGGGGGAGAGCGGGCAGCCCUUGGCGGAGAACAACGGCGGGUUCUUGGGGUUGUAUGGGGGGGAGCAACAGGUGGAUGGGAGUGAUCAGCAGCACAAGCAGCGCGUCGCGCCACCGCAACCAUCUCACCCCCCACAGCCGCCCGCAGCGCCUGCCCCCGCCAAAAGACCGCCCACCAAGCCGCUGCCCGACUUCAACGAGGCCUUCGGAUCGACGGAGCGCGGGCGGUUCCAGAGCCCGCCCGACCCGCGUCUCGGCCCCAACAAGGGCGGCUACCUCGACCUCUUCUACGGGGACGGCUGCCCGCCUGCGGUCAAGUUCGAGGAUUUCCAGUUAUAA